AUGAGUGAGGCUGAAACAUCAGAUAAUGUUGAACCAGGUUUCUGUUCCGCAGUAUGUACGGACAGAGAGAGUUUACAACGAGAGAUUCAGAAGCCCGAGCUGAAGACAUCUGAUAUGUUCGCGACUUGCAAUUUGCCGAAGAGAUUUGAGCACCCUCAUUGGUUUAAUGGGUAUGGAUGUCAAGUUAGCAAGCAGCAUCCGUUUUAUAGAACUUCAGCCAAUGAAUACGGCUGGUAUCCACCGGGUUUCUCGUCAGUUCCUUCUGUAUUUUUUCCGGCUGGUCAAACGUUUACAAACCGCCUGGCCGCCGCUGGCAUGUACAGAAACUACAGCCUCAACACCGGCAUGGAUCCCGUUGGUUACCGAUAA